UUCGUUUUUUCUUGGUGACCCAGGAGAUGAAUUUAGACCUCCAUACAAAAAGAGCAUGUCCCAGUCGCGUAUCGGCUUCGGUUUUUACUUAACAGUAGAAAAAUAUAUUCUACCAUAUAUACUAUGUAGAGUAUUUACAUCUAUUUUACCAGUUCAAUGCUAAAAGUCCGCUAACAUACAUGUAUUUAUUUAUAAAAAUAUUUGUUAGUGUUAGUGUGUCCCAAAACAAUGGAUCAUUUUUAAGUCUCGAUCUAAGUAUCACGUAACAGUGUCCAGUAUUACGGUUACUUUCUUAAUCGCCGACCAUUUCGUCCAGGGUACGAAAAGAGGUUGGAUGUAUUAAUUGUCGGUCCACUAACUUACCGUUCAUAUUCCGAACGUAAUUUAGAUGUUUAUAUUAUUUUUAAGCUAAACAGAUCUAUUUUGGGUCUAAUAUGUUAUAGUAACUUAGUUUAUUGAAAUAUUUUUGUGGAUAGUACAAAAAAUGGUCAUUUUUUCAUUAAAUGUCUUCUGGGUCACCGUUCUCCCAGGUCAUUUUUCUGGUGACCCAGGAGACAUUUACUAUGACUCAGGAGACGUUUUUCGUAUACAUGUAGAUUUUUAUUCUCCAUUGUAUUGCAAUUAUUAAUUUUCCAAUAGAAAAUAUUAUGAAACUGUUGAUAUAUCACUUUGCUGAUGAGUGGAUGUGGAAUUCAAAUUUCUAGUUUUCUGCCUAUACAUUUUGAAAUAAUAACUUGAUAUGCUGCAGUGCACUCCCAACGUUAAUAAACACGUAACUUUAAAAAAAGUUUUGGCCCACUCACUCUGAGUUUAAACGAUGAAGUGCUUAUCAUAUUAUAUUAGAAUUUUAAUACCAGCCCCAAAUAACUGAAAAUGUCUCUUGGUGAACAAAAUUUGUCUCUGAGAAAACUACGAUGGCCCUAAAAAUUUUACGUACAUUUCGUAUUUUUCUGAAUUAAUAAAUUGGAUUAUUAUUUUUUCUGAUUGUUUGAUUGCAUUGACAUCACUAAGAAAGAAAGAAUAUGCAGGAAUGCGGAUUUUAAGUAAUAUAGAAAACUUUCCUCGGAUUUUUUGUCAUUAGUGACCCAGGAGAAGUAUUGAUUACUGUUAUACAAAAUCAAACAGGAUCUCCCCAUUUGAGUUACCGGAAGAAAAGCGUUUGUCCUUUUAUAUAUGUAGUAGAAAAUCAUUUUUUUCGAUUAAAUGACGUUUUAUUAGACAAAUCGUGGAUAACCCAGGGGACACGUUUUGAGUCAUCGCAACAUAAUAAACAGCAAAAGUUGUCAAAAUCAAAAUAAUGAAAUUUAUGCGUGAGCUGUACUUGCAUACAAAAAUUUAAUUAUAGUUCUACGUCAAAUAUAUAAAAACAAAUAAGAUUUAAAAGUAUUUUUUUUUUAUCUUUCUCAAUGACAUAAAAAAGUUGAUUGGCUGUUGCUUAAAAUCAUAUUCUUUUAUUUUCUGAAGCUUUGGAAAGUUAUCCUUACUUAAUUUCUAGGGUUACAUAAACUACAUAUUCACAACCUGCGUCCGAUACGACGUAUUAUACAGCUUGUCUCAUCUUGCGGAGUCAGGCACUGUAAUUCAAACGUCACCGUCCAUAUACACAUUAAUAAAUGAGACUAUCAACGAAGUUGGAGAAGUCCUUCUAUCUCAGACAAUACUAAUGGAAGACACAGAUUCAUUUGAAUAUGUCGUGCAUCACUCGAACACUGCGACUUUGGAAAGGAAAACUGAUGCGAUUAUGUUGAUUCUGAUGAAAUACACAGACGGAUCCGGCAGGCCUACAUUAUAUGUAAUGGAUGAUUGUGUUCGCUCCUUCUACUUAUCGUAUAUUGCAAAUUUAGAAUUUCCAUUCGUGGACGUAAUUGACGUGUUCAUGACGCGUCUAUUCGAGACGGGCUUGACGGCUAUGUACUACACCUGGACGAGCCGCGCUCUGGGCCUGCAGGUGUCGCUGCCCAACCUGUACUCGGAGCCGCGAUCUGCGUCCAAGAUAGGCAUGAAGGAGCAGGCCAUUGCCUUCACUGUGCUCUUGGUGGGAUACGCCGCGUCUGUUAUCGCGUUCGUUAUCGAAAUUUGGUUUGAUAAACGGAAGAAAUAUCCUUUUAUACAUUAAACUUACUCGAAAGAAAGUAAUCUUUCAAUUCGAUUAAAUUGUUACGUGCACUUCAGCUUGUUCGUGGUUCGCGUGCGGAAACCAUAGCGGCCACGGAUUUUUGAACACAUGGUAUGCUUUUUCAGCGGUUCAGGGGGUAUUAAACAAGAAAAUUAUUAUUUACAGAGUGUAAAUUCAAUACGGGCGAAUAUUUAAACGCUGGUAAGCAUAGGAAUUUUGCUUAGAAAUACUAUAAAAAUGUUAACCAUAGAUACAAAAUAAUUCAGCCCGCAAUGUACAGUCACACACACUAUGGCAGCAUGCUGAGUCGGGACCAUUUCGUAGCUUAUAUAUUAUGUUUUGUUACUUGUUGUUUUCCUCUUUUAUUUUGCCACGAAUAAACGCUCUCUACUCUACUGCACACAGUUACAAGACACGAUCUUUUUAAAGUUUAUCGCCCGUAUUGGAUUUACACACUGUAUAUGUAAUCGUGUUUUAAAUAGGUAAGGUGCGCUGGGGUAAGAUCGAUAUAUGU